AUGGGCGAAGAAUUGUCAGAUUCACCGAUUGCCGACGAAGAUAUGCUGAGGGACUUCAUGCGCUUCGCCGUGGAGAGCCCGGUUCAAAAAAUUGUGCAGCAAGUGAGGGAAAAGGAUAUACUUGAGGAUCGAUAUAGCAUCGGAAGAGGCAUCAUUUUCGCGAGCUACCCAAGCGCCAUCAGUGAUGUGAAUCUGCGAGUUGACAGUCAAGUCAAUACAGUUCCGCAAGUGCCAGCUAAUCAAGAACUCGACUCUGAUCAGCUUCGGCCCGACCGAAUAUGCAUAUACAAAGCCGAGAGUGAGGAUGGGUCUCUAGAACAACGCAAACUGAUCUUCAUCGCGGAAUAUAAACCUCCUCACAAACUAACCAAGGAGCAACUUCGCACCGGCUUGCAGCCGAUGGAUAUUUACAAGGACAUUGUCAACCAUCCAACCAUCCCCAGCCAGCAGAAUAAACGGGCCUACUUUCGAUACUGCGCUAAAAAGCUCACGGCUGCUGCAGUCACACAGGCUUAUCAUUACAUGAUCGAGGGCGGCGUCAGCUACGGGAUUAUGUCUAAUGGCGAGGCAACAGUAUUUCUCAAAGUCGACUGGAGUAAUCCAGGCACACUUCUCUACCAUUUGGCCGAGCCCAAGUCCGAGGUUCCCGCACACCACCCUGACGGUAUCAUCUCUUGCAGCGCUGUUGGUCAAUAUUUGUCAUUCACUCUAUUAGCUCUAAGUCAGCACCACCAACAUGGGGAACGAGGUCAGGAGGAACGCGAAACUGUCAAAAAGAAUCUGCAAAGAUGGAAGUAUAAUAUUGACCAAAUGCUUCUCGACAUGUCUCCUGAUAAUCACAAACCACGAUCUCCCGUAGACCCGGAUUUUUCGAGGCCAAAGACAUAUUCGAACGUUGACUGGUCGCCGUUCUUGGCUUACAACCUUCGGCGAAGGGAGGGGGAUGAGCCGGCAAGAGGACCAGCCAGGAGACGUUCUCCACCGAGUUCCGACGACGAAGCAGAGGAGAAUGCCCCAGAUUCGCCCAGUCCUGCUGUACGGCGGACAAGGAGUCGAGGACGUGCAACCCGAGGACGCGGAGCCCGGGGACGCCAGAACACUUCUCAGUCAAGAGGGGCCGCAUCAAGCAGAAAUUCUACUCGCGGCGAGCAGUACUGCACCCAGAAAUGUUUAAUUGGCUUGGUCAAUGGCGAUUUCCUCGAUAUGCGCUGUCCCAAUGUGUCACGACACAUGGGGAAUGGACCUGCCCCGUCUGGUAUGAAGGUGAAGACCUACCACCCUGUCAACCAUGCUACGUGGCUUGAACUUCUUAGAGAGCAGUGGAAAAAGUCUCUGGAUGAUGGCAUUACCUCGCUACACAUCAGCGGAGCAUCUGGCGCGCUAUUCCGAGUCACUCUACUCCGCUACGGUUAUACUUUUAUUGGCAAGGGAACUCCAGCGCCUCUCAUCAAGCGCCUUGAGAACGAAGCUGGCAUUUACAAGCGUCUCAAGCACAUGCAAGGCACCAGUAUACCUGUAUUCUUGGGGGCGGUUGACCUCCGACCCAUGAACAAGAUCUAUUACUAUGACCACCGCGUCUACAUAGUACACGUCACCUUCUUCUCCUGGGGCGGCCGCACGCUAUCCAGCCUUGAGCUUCCUAGUGGCCUUAGCAAGCGGCUCACGGAUGGGGCGUGUCAGUCGAUUCGAGCCAUGCACAGCAAAGGCGUUGUCCACAACGAUAUACGACAGCCCAAUAUGCUCUACAACCCUGACACGAAGCGCAUCAUGAUCAUUGACUUUGACCGAGCAAGGGUGGUGGAGACGUCUAGGCAUGAGCACUCGCGAACCAAGCCGGGCGACGAGGCAGAAAUACAGCAUGCAAAGUAUAUAUUGUCCAGAGAAAAGGGCUGUUCGGUAAAAUAA